AAAGGGUUUCUUGUUUGGAUCGUGGGAGAGGAGAGGAGGGAAAGAGACGAGCCAAAACGGGGCUUCCACUGUGGAUGCUGGGGUGGGGUGUGGAGUUCUUGCGGGCCGAAAUGAAUCGCUUGCUCGCCUUGCUCUUCCACCAGGGAGUGCUGGAUGAGCAGUUCUUGCAGCUGCAGCAGCUCCAGGACGAGAGCUCCCCUAACUUCGUGUCGGAGGUCAUCACCAUCUACUUCCACGAGUCCGAGAAGCUCCUCCGCAACCUCCGAUUGCUCCUGAUGGAGAGGGAGCUGUCGGACUACAAGAAGAUGGAGAUACACUUGAAUCAGAUGAUGGGAAGCAGCUCCAGCAUCGGCGCCAAGCGCGUCCGCAACGUCUGCGUCGCCUUUCGCGCCGCUUCCGAGCAGAACAACCAUGCCGGGUGUUUGAGAGCCUUGGAGUUGCUAGAACAUGAAUACUGCUACCUCAAGAACAAACUCCACGAACUUUUCCAGAUGGAGCAGCAAAGAGCUUUGGCAUCAGUGGUUAGAUAUCCUGCACGCCACAACUGAAACAGAUGAGCCAUGCAUGGUCGUUCCUCCUCCAGCUUUUUGCGCAGGAGCAAUAAAACUCGAUUAUUCGCCCUAGACGCGUCAUCGAAGCGAA